CGCGCUAAUCCCGUGGAGUGGCGAGAGAGAGAGAGAUCCGAUCCGCAGCAGCGCGAGCUCUGAUAUUAGACCUUUCUUUCCCCUCGGUGCAUGCAGGGAGAGUAAGUGGGCUCACACUCUGGAUGUCACGCAAACACUCUGGUUAUCUGGGUUUGAUUGACAGGCGGGUUUGGGGGCUCACUGCGCUCCACGCGCACCAUGAGGAGGAGGAGGACGGCAGCGCGCGCUGAGGAUCACUCUGAGAGCUCGCGCUGUGUUGGAGUAUGACGGAGGGAUGUGAGCGGAACUUGUGGAAGAAUGGCAGCUCACCUGACGAGGAUCUGUGAGGGAUGGCAGUUCUUCAUCACCACCACCACCACCACCAUCAUCAUCACCCCGGGAGCGCGGACCUGCGCCGGCUCUUCCACCGGCUCACGAUCGCGUCUUCUCUGAGCGUGCUCUGCUUCUCUCUGGUCUACCUGCUCACCGGCUGCUGCGAGUCCGAGUUCACCGAGACACCUGACAUCAAGCAGCCCGCGCGCGAGUUUCUCGUGUCCGGUUCGGGAUGGCCCGACGACAGAAACGGAAGCAGGGAGGCGACCAUGGCUCCCGUAGAGCGCGCGUUCAGCGGUCCUCCCGGGCUGGAGGCGAACAGCUCGGGGAAGGAGUGGACAGCCACGCGCAGGUUACCACAGGCUCUCAUCAUAGGGGUUAAAAAAGGAGGCACGAGGGCUUUGCUGGAGUUUCUGCGGCUCCACCCGGACAUCAGGGCCCUCGGGUCCGAGCCGCACUUCUUCGACCGGCAUUACGCACGAGGGCUGGACUGGUACAGGAGUAUGAUGCCCAAAGCUCUGGACGGUCAGAUCGUCAUGGAGAAGACGCCUCGUUACUUUGUCACCGUGGAAACACCGGCUCGAGUCCACGCCAUGUCUCGGGACGUGAAGCUGAUCGUGGUCGUCCGCGAUCCCGUGACCAGAGCGAUCUCUGACUACACCCAGAUCAUCUCCAAGACCCCCGACAUCCCCCCGUUUGAGAGCCUCGCCUUCAAGAACAAAAGCACAGGUCAGAUCGACUCUCUGUGGAGCCCUCUGUGGAUCGGUCUAUACGCUCAGCACCUGGAGCGCUGGCUGGCCUGGUUCCCCAGGACUCAGAUCCACCUGGUGAGCGGUGAGCGGCUCAUCUCGGACCCGGCCGGGGAGCUGGGCCGGGUGCAGGACUUCCUGGGUCUGCAAAGGAUCGUGACGGACAAACACUUCUACUUCAACAAGACGAAAGGAUUCCCCUGCCUGAAGAAGCCAGAGGGCAGCAGCAAACCUCACUGCCUGGGCAAGACCAAGGGCCGCAUGCACGCCGUCAUCAACCCCCGUGUGCUGCAGAGACUGAGAGACUUCUACAAACCGCACAACCAGCGCUUCUACCAGCUGGCCGGGCAGGACUUUGGCUGGCAGUGACACUUUUAAUGUGCAGAAACAGAAGACACAAUACAGAUACAAAGACUCAGUGAACAGAGCCGGUGUUCUGCUCCUGACCAGCAGAGGGCGCCUCAGAGACUUCUUCAUGAGGGUCAACACAUCCUCCUCUCAUCAUCACCUUAUACACAUUUUGUUUUACACCAGCUGUGUCAUUUAUCACCAGAUGUUCCGUGUAAGAGGUGACGCUUUUUAAAGGUUAUGGCUGAAAAAAGUCAAACACAGUGUAGCUUUAGUGUCUCUGCAGUUAAACCCCGAUGCUGUAGCUGUAGUCUGAACCCAGAGCAGAUUCAUUUUUCACUCUUUCACACUGAAUAUUUCUGUAUUUUAUUUUCCCACCUGUUUGUUCUAAAUAUUGAAGGGCAAUCGAUGCAGACAUGUGGAGAUACGCCCUGCAGCGUCGUAGUACGUCGCUCAGAAUGAGACUCGCCCCGCAGCAUGGCUCAGAAUGAGACUCGCCCCGUAGCCCAGCAGCGUGGCUCAGGAUGAGACUCGCCCCCGCAACGUGGCUCAGGAUAAAAGGAGGAUGAAUGUUUAAUGACAGAAUGUGUGUACGAGCUCAGCUCUGACUGAGGGCUUUUUGUAUUCCUGAAUAAUGAAUGUGAAGAGAUGGAUGUGCUGGCGAUCUCUGACACAUCGCAGCGUGACGUGAGCCUCAGCUCAGCACCCGGCCGCAGAAUCACCUGCUGUACCUGCAGAGACGCAACCACCAGGACAGCAGCAGGCGAGCUCAGCGAGAGGAGGCCGACCAAUCACAGGCCGCUUCUCUGAGCGUCUACAGGGUGGUCUCUUUCAAUUUGCAUGUAUUUGCACUAGUUUGAAAGCAUAAAAAUGUAACUAUUUUCAAGCACUUUUCUCUCUUUUGUCCCUCUUGGUUUGCCGUAGUUUGAUGUAAAGCUGUAAGGUUUAGAGUCAUGUUGAUGAGAUUGCAGGUCACAUUAGUUUGAUUACUUUGCAGCAUUAAAUCCGUUCAUGUCAGAGAUGUAAGGCUGACGACGGGUCUUUAACAUUUAAUCUGUCAUCAUAAUAUCAACUAAAGCUUUCAGACCCGUUUCAAUAUAAAGCAGAUUUAAUAUGACGAAUAUUU